AUGUAAACAGUCGGGAGGCCGCUGUGUCUCCAGACAUCUGUGUACACGUAUCACGGCUGCAUGGGCUGGACCGGAGCUCAAUGGGAACAGGCUAACUUAACUCUGGCUAGCGUUCACACUGGAACACUAGCUAGGCUAUCCGGGCUAACACGGCUAAUGUACUCGGCUGAAGUGUUUGCCGGCCGAUGUCCUGGUGAUAACAGCGGGACCGUACUUCGGUGCGUGGGAAGCGGCUCCGUUCUCCGCGUCUGGAAAGCAACUCUUCAAGGUGGCGACAGACAAGGUUGCUGGUAAGCUGAGUUCUACUCUCUCAUGGGUGAAGAACUCGGUGUCCCACACGGUCAGUCAGAUGGCUAGCCAGGUGGCCACACCCACGUCCCUGCCAACCACUGCUACGUCCUCCUCAACAUCUCUGUCCUCGCCUGCCCUGUCCCCGUUGUCGCCAGUGCAGCUCAGUCCUGACGAUGAGGAACUGCUCGCCAAGCUGGAGGAGCAGAACAGGCUGUUGGAGACAGACAGCAAGUCGCUGCGCUCAAUGAACGGCUCCAGGCGGAACAGUGGCUCCUCACUGGUGUCCAGCUCCUCUGCCUCCUCUAACCUCUCCCACCUGGAGGAGGACUCGUGGAUUCUAUGGGGACGAAUUGUCAACGAGUGGGAGGAGGUGCGCAAGAAGAAGGAGAAGCAGCUCAAGGAUCUUGUCAGAAAAGGGAUUCCUCACCACUUUCGGGCAAUAGUGUGGCAGCUGCUGUGCAACGCCCAAAAUAUGCCCAUCAAAGAUCAGUACUCCGAACUCCUGAAAAUGACAUCGCCCUGCGAGAAGCUGAUUCGCAGAGACAUUGCCCGCACUUAUCCUGAGCAUGAAUUCUUCAGGGAGAAGGACAGCUUGGGUCAGGAAGUGCUCUUCAAUGUCAUGAAGGCAUAUUCUCUGGUGGACCGGGAGGUUGGCUAUUGUCAAGGUAGUGCAUUCAUUGUUGGGCUGCUACUCAUGCAGAUGCCAGAGGAAGAGGCUUUCUGUGUGUUUGUGAAGUUGAUGCAAGACUACAGAUUGCGAGAGCUCUUCAAACCCAGCAUGGCAGAGCUGGGACUCUGCAUGUACCAGUUUGAAUGCAUGAUCCAGGAGCAACUCCCAGAGCUGUAUAUGCAUUUCCAGGCUCAGAGCUUUCACACCUCCAUGUAUGCGUCUUCUUGGUUCCUCACCAUCUUUCUCACGUCCUUCCCUCUGCCUGUCGCCACAAGAAUCUUUGAUAUCUUCAUGUGUGAGGGUCUGGAGAUAGUUUUCCGUGUGGGACUGGCCAUCCUCCAGAUGAACCAGACCGAACUCAUCCAGCUCGACAUGGAGGGAAUGUUACAGCACUUUCAGAGAAUUAUCCCACACCAGCUUGAAAGCGGCCCAGAUAAGGUCAUCCAGGCUGCUUGUCAAGUCAAGUACAAUGCCAAGAAGAUGAAAAAGUUGGAGAAAGAAUACACUACAAUCAAAACUAAAGAGAUGGAGGAGCAGGUGGAGAUAAAGAGACUACGGACAGAGAACAGGCUCCUGAAGCAGAGGAUAGACACACUAGAGAAAGAAAGUGCUUCCUUGGCAGAUAGAUUGAUCCAGGGACAAGUGACUCGAGCUCAGGAGGCAGAGGAGAACUACCUGGUCAAGCGGGAGCUGGCCACAGUCAAACAGCAGAGUGAAGAGGCCAGUGCUCAGCUGGAGCAGGCCAAGAGCACCAUCAGGCAGCUCCAGCAGCAACCACAAGCGAAGGGAGCCCCUCGCUACUCGGAGGAGUCUGUCCUGCAGCUGGAGAGGGAGCUUGUACAGGCACGACUGAAGGAGGCAGAGUCCCAGUGUGCACUCAAAGAGAUGCAAGACAAGAUCCUGGACAUGGAAAAGAGGAACACAUCCCUGCCAGAUGACACCAACGUAGCACGGCUACAGGAGGAGCUGAUUGGUGUGAAGUUACGGGAAGCAGAAGCCUCGACUGGCUUGAAAGAGCUGAGACAGCAGGUCAGAGGCCUGGAAGAGCACUGGCAGCGUCACCUGGCACGCACAACUGGUCGCUGGAAGGACACCCCAAAGAAGAAUACUAUGAGUGAGCUACAGGACGAAUUGAUGAGCGUAAGGCUGCGUGAGGCCGAGGCCCAGGCAGAGCUCCGAGAAUCACGGCAGAGGAUUCUGGAGCUGGAGACACAGAAUCAGAUUCACAGCAACCACCUGCGGCGGGCGGAGCUGGAAAGUCGCAAUCUCCAGGAGCGUGUGCAAACACUGACGGUGCAAAAUAAAGAUCUGCAUGUGCAACUGCAAGAGAUUAAGCGGAGACAAGCUGAGUUUGAAUGCAAGAGCAAGGAGGAGGUGAUGGCGGUGAGGCUGAGGGAAGCUGACAACAUUGCUGCUAUGGCAGAACUCCAGCAACAGAUCUCAGAGCUUGAGAUUGAGAAAGAAGAAGGGAAGGUCCAAGUCCAUCUGAACCACACAGACUCGAGCCAGUACAUCCGUGACCUCAAAGACCAGAUAUCUGAACUAAAACAUGAGAUCUGCUGCUUGAAAGGAAAGAGGGGUUUGGCCAAUCAGCCCAGUUUUGAUGGCAUCCACAUUGUCAGUCACUAUGUCGGGGACAACGAGUCUUACCAGUCUUCAGAUGAAGAUGGAGUCAAGGCACCCAACCUCCAGGUGUCCCAGCAGCGGAGCAGUGGCCGCAUCAAACUGCUCCCCAACCUCGGGGACACCGACAGCGAGGAGGACGAGGAGGAGGAGGAGGAGGAGGACGGGGAGGCCCUGCGGCUCUCUGUGCCUCCGAGCGGCAGCCACAAGUCCACCAGCGUGUGACGAACACCCUUUGGCUGCCAGAGUCGGGACAUGGGCUGUCAGCACCCACCCAGGAGGAGCUGGGGAGGGGGGUUUCAACAGCUGCCUCAGAGGACAAGUCUGGAUGUGGAGUUCUGAAUUUCAGAGAGGAAAUGCAUCAUCAUUUCAUAUCAUGAGAAUCACACAAAUGGAUUUAGUUUUUCUUCAUUUACCUCCUUUUGUUGUAGUUUUUGUUAACUUCUUGAGGGCAGCAAACACCUGACUGCCGGCAGAUCAUCAACCUGGAGGAUGAAAUAAAGUUGAACGUAUGAAACUCGAGUGGGACAUGGAAAUCAGACGGGUGGGGGGGUCUGUCUGUCUGUCUGUCUGUCACCCACCCCUAACACCCCCUCACUUUUGACUGUCGGUACAACACAGAGAGAGAGACUGUGCAAUAAAAACAUUUUAUGCUCCACUACACACUUCAUCCAAUGUAUUUUUAUACUUUUAAAGCAUUUUAUAAAUGAACAUCAAAAAUGUAUCAAUGCCGUUACUACUAAGUGUCCGUCAUGCAGAGGCAGGAUUGUGUGUGAGUGUGUGUUUGUACAUUCAUUAAGUCAGACAUCAAAGUCUGAGACCACGCUCCUAAUGGAAUGAAUGAGACAGUGGUUUCAGAUUUGUUUGGAUCCCACUCUUCACAUAUAAAAUAUAUGCGUAUCUAUUGUCUGUAUGAACUUGGUCAGAGCCUGGUAUCAAACCUGUGUCCUCCAGAGUCGACCUGAGGGUAACGAUGACUGUUCAGGCCUUGGCACACACCGCAUGCCUUUCACUAGAAGCUGGUGUAUCACAAGCUCAGUGUGUCAUCUGCAUACAUGUAGAUAUGUAAAUGUGUACCAUGGUUGUUGUUUUUUGUUUUCAAUACCUUUUGAACUUGAACAUAUGUAUCUAUUGCAUAUCUGACUUUUAGAAUAUAUUGUACAACUCAGAAAAAAAGGGACAGAGAAAAAGAAUAAGUGACCUCACUCGACUUGCUGAUCAUAAAAAAACAUAAGAGGACAGAUUCAUUUCCUAAUGACUGUUGCUAUUAAACCGAGUUCUCUGAAAGCAUUGCAACUGUACUUUCAGAAUGAGCCCCCGCACUAAGCAGAAAAGAGCACAUCACCUGACGUGUCACACAAGUAAUGUCUUUCAUGUUUUUUUCUUCUGUGUCACAAAUUUGCAAAGAAAUGGUGUAAGGGAACUCGAAAUGGGAGACACUCUAUAACACAAUCUGGAGAUUAAUCAGGAGUUGUACCUGACUGUUGUCAUCCACGGGUCAAUUCUACUCCACUUUCAAAGACCUGCAUGUGUAUGACCCUGAAUUUCUCUGAAUGUCCUCGUGGAACACUCACUCCUGUGAGUCUGAGACUGUGGCGAUGGGUUGGUGAGAAUCACGUUCCUCUGACGGUCAAGUUACCCUGCGUCAUCUGAGGGACAGGAACACUUUAUGGCACUUUUGACUCUGCAGUAAGAACACAUGGGGCAACACUAUGGAGAAGUCGGCGCACUCUGGAGACUUACAUGAGAUUGUUGUAUGUGUGUGUGUUUAUGCAUGUGAGUGCGAGCGAGAGACGAGUUCAUAAUAAAAUGUUUGACUAA